GGAUAGGAUAGGAUACGAGUUCAUUUAGGAACCAAAAUAUUGCCUUUAUCUUUUUGUAGCUUGGAAACGAACGCCUCCAUCUUCCACAUUCCUCCUCUGCAAAAACCCAUCUUCCAUUUAACCACCAGGUGAUCUCUCUCUUGGCUUGGUAAACCAGACGAUCGAUCGGGAAGAGUAAUAGUGUGAAAGAUGAGCCGUUUUGUAAGGCACGCAUAUAAGUCGGUGGCCUCCGGCUUGAAAUACCAUACACUCCACCAGCGUCUCCUGAAGUCCACAGACACAUACCUUGCCCGUGUUGGCGAAUUGUCCAAAUUCCCGGAUGACUACCUGGAUUCGACUUGUCCAAAGAAGAUAGAAGAGGUCGUGCAAGUCAUGGAAGUGGGAGACGAGUUUGGAACAACGGUUAACAAACUCCUUCAUGAUUAUAUCCAUUUCAAGCUACAUGAAGAACCAAAUCUCACUGCAAUCAAUAUGCUCAGAGGUUAUGGUUUGCCAUCUGCAGUAGCCGCAACGAUUGGUUUCCUAGUUGUGGAGUUUGAAUAUUGGAUACAGUUGAAGAAGGAGUACCUAGAAAUUAAAAGGGAACUGUCAGCUAUGGAAGCACUUGAAAGGGAACUGUCAACUGAAAGUGCCAAGUAGCUUCAAGGUUAACUUCUGUAAGUUAAACAGAGCGGACAAACCACAUGAGAGUACUGUGAUGAUCCUCUUAUAUAAAUUGCUUGUUAUGUUUGGGCAUGGAUCUUCUAACUUUAUGGCCUGUUUUGUGUGGUUUAGGAUUAUAAACCUGUAGUUAUAUUUAUGAAUAGCUAAUGUUGAGCUUUUCUACAGAGCUUAGAACUUUAUGUUUUCAAAUGGUUUAGAACUGUAUUUAUAUCUACUAAUUGCUAGUGUCUUUUGUUCCGGAAGA